ACAGGACACCUGAGUCAGGAGAUGGACGGCGGCGGCGCGGCGGAGGGGCUGGAGGAGGGGGAGGUGGAGGGAGAGACGCUGCUGAUCGUGGAGUCGGAGGACCAGGAGGACCUGUCACAUGACCAGAGCGGAGACUCUCUGACCAGCGACCUGGGAGAGGACGCGGACGGCGGCUGGGCCUGCGAGGACAUGUCCUUCUACUGCGACCGCUGCCACAAGUGGGUCCCUGCAGGUCAGCUCCGCGGCGACCAGCCCAGUUACCUGAAGGGAGACAACUUCUUCAAGUUCCUGUGCUGCGACUGUUCUGAGGACGGCAAGGAGAGCUUCGAGAGGCUGAGGCUCACCUGGCAGCAGGUGGUGAUGCUGGCCAUGUACAACCUGUCUCUGGAGGGAACAGGGCGGCAGGGCUACUUCAGGUGGAAGGAGGACAUCUGCGCUUUCAUUGGCCGUCACUGGAACUUCCUGCUGGGGAACAGGAAGAAGACAUCCACCUGGUGGAGCACAGUGGCCGGCUGCCUGUCCGUCGGAAGCCCCGCCUUCUUCCGGUCCGGAGCGCAGGAGUUCGGCGAGCCGGGUUGGUGGAAGCUGGUCCAGAACCGCCCCCCCACCCUGAGGCCGGACGGCGACAAGUCCGGCACCAAGACCAAAGGUGAGCGGCGGCGGUGCGCCGGCGACCGGCCGAGCGAGCCCCGCCCCCUGACCUGUGGUUCCGCCGCAGCGACCCGGCCGCCCCUGGAACCCAUCAUCACGGUGGAGGGCCUGCGUAAGCGUGGCGCCAGGAACCCAGUGGAGAACGCCAUGCAGCUGAAGGAGAAGCGCAGCCGCACACAGGAGGCCAAAGACAUCCGGCGCGCCCAGAAGGAGGCGGCGGGCGGAGGCUAUGCCGACCGCAGCGCCUCCUCCACGCCCGUCAAGCUGGCCGUAAGCCGCAGCGGCGCUCGCCGCCCGGACCUUGUGCUGGAGCGGGGCGAGGUCGUCGACUUCUCGUCGCUCAGCUCGUCGGACCGGACGCCGCUCACCAGCCCCUCGCCCUCACCGUCACCGGACUUCUCCGGGCCGGGGACUCCGGCCUCCCACUCGGCCACGCCUAGCCUGCUGUCAGAGGCCGACCUGAUACCCGAUGCCAUGCCGCCACAGGCGCUGUUCCACGAUGACGAGGAGCUGGAGACGGAUGGCAUGAUCGACCCGGGGAUGGAGUACCUACCCCCGCCCAGCGCCAGCCACACCGGUCGGAAGAAGCUCCGCCCCCCACAGACUCUCAUCAAGCGGGAAGCUGAGAGUGAGGAAGACGACGCCCACGAAGAGCGCUUCGAGCAGCCGGUGGGCUGCGGUGAGGCUGCGCGCCCUGACAGGCGCGUGGCAGAGCGUCGCAGGAUGAACCUUCAGGACAAACUGGACGGCGCCGCACCGGGGCCCAUCGUCUCCGCCCUCAGCCUGUACGACGAGCGGCUGCUGCUGCGGCGGCUGGACGGCUGCCCGCUGGCGCUCGCCGUCACGCCACACGCCAAGCGCCUCCGCAGGAAGCUGCUGGUACGCCACGCCAAGCGUCAGAGAGGGCUCCCCCUGCUGGACAUCGACCGCGCCGUCAACGCCGCGCUCAGCCUGGUGGGAGGGAUCUACGCCAUGCAGGAGGCGGAGCCACGGCCCGUGGGUGGGGUUAAGAGAAAGUACUGCACCAGCAGCCAGGAGCAGCGGAUUCUGGACCGCUUCCAGACCAGCGCGUCCAGCCGACCGGGCGUCCAGCAGCGCUCCAUGUCUUUCUGGCACCGCCUGAUGGGAGCCGAGGGCGGUCUGGACCAGAACAUCAAGAGUCCGUACACGGCCCGGAUCCUGAAGCCCUUCAUCAGGAGGGAUUUUGAGUCCCGCCCCCUGAAGCUCCGCCUCUUGGCUGAGAUCCGGGCGUUUCCUCACAGGACGGAUCCGGACUGGACCCCAGAACCUGACGCUCCCAUCGACUACUGCUACGUCCGGCCCAACCACAUCCCCUCGGUCAACGCCAUGUGCCAUGACAGCUUCUGGCCAGGUGUGGACCUGUCCGAGUGCCUGCAGUACCCGGACUUCAGCGUGGUGGCGCUCUACAGGAAGGUGGUGGUGGGCUUCGGGUUCAUGGUUCCGGACGUGAAGUACAGCGAGGCGUACAUUUCCUUCCUGCUGGUUCACCCGGAGUGGCGGCGCGCCGGCAUCGGCACCUUCAUGAUCUACCACCUGAUCCAGACGUGCAUGGGGAAGGACGUGACGCUCCACGUGUCGGCCAGCAACCCGGCCAUGCUGCUCUACCAGAAGUUCGGCUUCAAGGCCGAGGAAUACAUCCUGGACUUCUACGACAAAUAUUAUCCAGUGGACAGCAGCGAGUGCCGCCACGCCUUCUUCCUGAGGCUGCGGCGCUGACCCGCGCUCUGGACCUGGUUCUGGUUCUGGUCCUGGUCCUGGACCUGGUUCUGGUCCUGGUUCUACCCUUCCAGUUUAAACCUUUAGCUCUGUGUUUUCCAUGUUUGACCAGCAGGCGGCGCCGUUUCCCCGAGUCACAAAUGAAUCUGAAUAAAUUGAUAAUUUUUCAUCCUGAUUUGAUUAAAAUGAUAAAAAUAAUUUUCUCCUCCUGAUGACAUGAAUAAAUAAGAACUUCUAAAUCAA